GAGCAGCCAUGGAUUUUCCUUUCAAAAAUAGAAUGUGUGAAGGAGGGAAGACUGGCUGCUAAGUUCCAUCUAUAAUAGGAUUCAUCAAUUCUAGCUCAAACUCUGUUAGGUUCCAAACACAAUUGCAUAAACAUUCAAUUUUCUUUUGUUUUAGAUAGUAUCAAAAUGGAACAUCUAAUUAAAAAACAAUAUACAAUUCCUAAAAAUAAAAAAGAGCAGAAGCUUUGAAAGGACACAAAUCAUCUAAAGAUUCCGUUCAAAAAAAGGCAAAAACACAAACCUUGUUUCAUCAUCCAUCAUUAAUUACCAUAAGCCUCUGAGACCAGCACCAUAAGAACCAGGACUGAAAGAAAAAACAUCCUCAAAAAGUUAAACCUUUCGUUGGUGGCAAUUACUCGCUUCUGUCAAUUGUCACCUUCUGGGUUCUCCAUUGUUGGUUCUGCAGAGGAGGAUGAGUUCAGCACAUGCUCCUCAAGAUUUUGAUCAUAUAUAGCAUGCAAGAUAUCUAGAAAAAAGAACAAAAAAAAAGGGUUUUAGGUAGUUGGGGAAGAAAGAAAGAAAGAAAGAAAGAAGAAAAAAUGAACGACCUUUUCUCAAACUCGUUCAAGAAAUACAGUGACCUGAAAGAGCAGGCAUAUCUAGAUGACGUGGAGGCGGGGAAAGAAAGCGUGAACCUGGACAAGUUCUUCGAGGAUGUGGAGGACGUGAAAGAGGACAUGAGGAGCGUGGAGAUGCUGUACAGAAAGCUGCAAGAGGCGAACGAGGAGAGCAAAACGGCGCACACGGCGAAGGCGAUGAAGGAGAUUCGGGCGCGCAUGGAUAAGGACGUGGAGCUGGUGCUGAAGCGCGUGAAGGUGGUAAAGGGGAAGCUGGAGGCGCUGGAGCGGUCGAACGCGGCGAACCGGAGCUUGCCGGGGUGCGGGCCGGGGUCGUCGGCGGACCGGACGAGGACGUCGGUGGUGAGCGGGUUGGGGAAGAAGCUGAAGGACAUGAUGGACGAUUUCCAGGGGCUUAGGGCGCGCAUGCACAUGGAAUACAAGGAGACGGUGGAGCGGAGGUACUUCACGAUCACGGGGGAGAAGGCGGAGGAGGAGACGAUCGAGAAUUUGAUAUCGAGUGGGGAGAGCGAGAGCUUUCUGCAGAGGGCGAUUCAGGAGCAGGGGAGGGGUCAGAUAAUGGACACCAUUUCGGAGAUUCAGGAGCGGCACGACGCCGUUAAGGAGAUUGAGAAGAACUUGAUGGAACUGCACCAGGUUUUUCUGGACAUGGCGGCGAUGGUGGAGGCGCAGGGGCAGCAGCUGAACAACAUCGAGAGCCACGUGGCUUAUGCGAGUUCGUUUGUGCGACGUGGCACGGAGCAGCUUGAGGAUGCCAAAGAGAUUCAGAAGAGUUCCAGGAAGUGGACCUGCUAUGCCAUCAUUCUCGGCGCUGUUCUCAUCGUUCUGCUUCUCUUCCCUCUCUUCACCUCGCUCUUGCCUGUUCUCUUGAGGUGAACGAUAACACCUUCACACAACAAAGGAUCCAUGCAACACAAGAAGCUUUUUCUCCAUUUCGAUUCUAGUAGAUUAGGAACACUAUACACAACUGUGCCAUAUAGGAACCUGCUAUUCUUCUCAUCUUAUGUAAAUAGCUUCACACAUUUUCGGAACGGAUGCUUUGUUUCAAUCAUAUUACUCUCUUCGUUUCAUUUCCGCCUGUUUUCUAUUCAGAACAGUAAGUACAGUUUCAUGUUACAGGGGGAGAGAGAUGAACUGGUUGAAGGAAGGGUUUAACAGCGAAAAUGUGUUGACCCUUUUAAAAACAUAGUUGUUGGAGUAUGAAAAACAAAACACUCACUUUUUAAUCUACAGAUAAGUUUUUUACAAAAGUGGGAUUGAUUUAUGUUAAUAUAUGUUCUUUCAUAUACAUAGACAUUGAAAUUAAAUCUCUUACCAUGACGUUGUUCUCUGACCAUGUUGAUUGUAUUAUGUUAAUGUUUGUUACGAUGAUUUGAAAGAUUAAACCGAUAUCCUUUACCUUUAGAAUGUUACAAAUAUGAAGUGAGUAAAUUCUCUAAUGUUACACCAGCUCCAUUGUCAUUUUCCCAAGAGAAGGAUAAAAGUGAAUAACAUUCUACAGAUUAGAAAUAAUUAGAACUUUGUGCGCUCUGAAUAAUUAAUGCUUAGAAUUUGAAACAGUGAAAUUGAAAUUCAGUCAAUCUGAAUUCAACCUAAAAAUGGAUGUGUAUGCAAUAUUCAUGUUAGAGAGGAACAGACCUAAA